GACAUUGCGAUUAAUCGAUACGACAUUAUCUCGAUACUGUGAUAUGUCGAUAUGUCGACCGUUCGACUCGUCCCUAAAACCGAAAAAUUGAAUUCUCAAUGUUCGAUCGACAAAGAAUUCCGUAAAAACCGAUUCGACUAAUGAACGACGGGUAUUAACGAUGAAAACCAAUAGAAUUCCGGGAACCAAGAGAAUUUGUAUUUCCGUCGUAUCUCCCGCGGAUUGGCGGAGGUAAACGGACACGAGCGGAGACCGGCGGAGACUGACGAUAACAACCGACAGGCGGGUAGUGGGGAUACGUAGAGAGCCGAAAUGCGGCGUAAAGUGUCGAACAUACGUAAAUGAGAGACAGAGGGGACGAAGGACUGUAUGUUUCGGAUGUAGGAGGCACUUGGGAGGCAGGGAGGGCACGCGAGCGAAGGGGCCAAUGCCAGUACCUUCUUCGUCGCCAUUGCCAGUGCGUUCUCGCCCUCGCAUUCGUGCGCUACAACUCGUGUGCGACGGUUCUUAAAUGCUGAGAACGAUAACUCGCAAUUAUUCCAAAAAAACCGUCUAAACAAGAGGCAAAAAUCAUAAAUAUCACCACGAAAAAUAAGAAAAAUCACCCCCAAAACAGCUCACCCACCAUAAAGCUCAGCCCCUGUAAACAAGACAAACUCCCCAUCACACCGAGUAAAUCAUUUGUCAGAUAAUCAUUUUGAAAAUAAUAAGUACCAGGAGCACAGUUGUGGGCCCAACCCCCCCAAAUAAAUAAAAGUGAGCUCUCUACCGAUGCAGCAGCAUUGCACCGAGCUCACCCAAAAAUUGUUGAACUCGAUUGAUAAGGAGUACAAUGUCGUCGAUAUGGGCGCAGUCGUGGAUGUCAUCACAGCCCUGGAAAAGACGACAAUCACCAAAGAAGUGCUCGAGAGUACACGACUGGGAAAACACAUUAAUGAACUACGGAGGCAAACGACAAAUGACGCACUGGCUAAACGUGCUAAGGAUUUGGUGCGGAGAUGGCGAGAAAUGGUCCUACCGCCCACCAAUUCGUCGUCACAAGUACCAGCACCAGUAGCUGGGGUCCAGGGAAUAAAUGGAACGAAACCACAGAGCCCAGGGGUGCGGAUUUUGCCCAAGUCUCGUAGUCCACCUGGGAGUAGAAUUUUUAAACCACAGAGUCCACUUCUACGAGAUGGAACAGCGUUGAAAGUGCUGAGUCCAGCGCUGUCCCUGACGAGCGAGCAGUCGCGCUCACCAAAUCCAACACCCCCUAAGCACCAUAAUCACCGGCUGAAUCAAACGAUAUCCCCAAAAUUAUCAGCAACAUCACAGAAUCCAUCGCUGGACGCAGUGCCACGCACCCACAGCUCAAACAAACGUCUACGAAAAGACGAUACAGACGUCCUGAGCCCGACGAAGGACGAGCAUACAAUUAAGAAAGCCCGGAUAAACGGUGAGAGCAUAAAUACUAAUAUAACAGAUAACUCGCAAGUGCCUAGCCCAUCGCCAAUAGAUCCAGGUGUUGAUUCACUGAUACCGGACGACAGUAGCCUGGACACUGGCGUUGGGCCGAAAAAACGUGGACGAAAGAAGGGAAGUAAAUCAAUGAAGAGCCAACAGCAGCAGCAGGAUCGAGUCAAGGAGAAAUUGGCUAGUAUAUCACGUAAUCCAAAGUUGAAAACAACCCAGGAGUUGUUGGCGGAUUUGCAGGCCAGAGGGUCAACAGGCGCUGGCACCUGUACCAGAGCUACUGAGCCACCAACAACUGAGGAGAUACUCAGGGGCUCUGAGGACGUCACUUAUACCAGGAAUAAUCGAAAUAAAUUGACUAAUUUGGGGAAGAAGAAUGGAGACGAUGUGGAUGGCGUUGAGGAUAAUCAUUUGGAUGGUGGACAACGUGAUCUUACUGUUGAGGAAAUUCUAGCUAAGCUACCACCUAUUAAUCAUGACACCAUAAGGUGGAGUGAUGAUGAGGAGCCUGAUAGUCCAGCCAAAAGGGAUGUCAAUCAGGAUGACGUUGACAGGCUGCAUCAGCAGUGCGUCGAGGGACUCAAUGGCAAUUAUCAGAUCAGAGUUAAUUCCCAGGGGAGGGACGACGCAUGUGAUAUUAAGAGGAUAUCGAAUUUUCGCAGAAGGAGUAAUGAUCCUGAUAGAGAGUUUAAGGAGUGGCAUGAGAUGUUAGCUAGGCCAAGCUAUGACGGCCAAAUCCUCCACAUAUUGCCUUACGUUAUCAUUGAUUAAUUAAGGGCUUUACAGCUGGUGGAAAAUUCAAUUGGUCAAUUAUCCAGGGGAUAUGUCUGUGGUCUACCGAUUCUCCGGAAAAUAUCUGUCUCCCAUUUUUUUCUUUCGGAUCAGUUUUUUGAGAAUAUCUUGGAGACCAAGGAAGAUACAGAAAUUUUCGUCGAUCCCUUUUUCAUAGCUCUCCUUUUUUUAAAGGGAAAAUGUAUUCGCGAAAAUUUCGAUAUCUUCAUUCAGUUAAUGAGUAUCAGCUAAAAACUGGCCUCGAAAAAUGCAAUGAAUUACUGAAUUAUUGAGAAUAGGUUGAAGAAGUCUUUUUAAUUGCCCCGGGCACGGAUAUUAAAAACCAGAGACGUAUCCACGUGGAAUGACAGGUGUAUCAAAGCUGCAGCCACUUGUUUCUUUUUUUUUCUUAUUUUUUUUUCUUUUCUGGAAUUAUCAGAACUCGAGCAGUCGUUGGGGCUCUUAUUUUGUCAUUCUCCCAUGUCUUCCGUUGGUCGUUUUUUGAAUUAUUUAUGCGAUCGCUCGAGUUCUGAUUAUCAGGCAAUGGGAAGUGAGAGAAUGUCGUCGAUUUGCACUGGAAAAUGAGUUGUUGAAUAAAAAAAUUAAAUGGAACUCCAGGACCAGGGCAAUUGCCUUGUUAGCACUUGGUUUAGCGUAAAAAUGAUUAAUUUGAGGUUUUCUUUUUCAAUUAUUAUUACUUAAUCAAUUCAGUGAUUGAAAAGAGAAUUAUUGUUCAUUGAGUUUUUUUUUUCCUGGAAUAGUCGUAACUGUAAAUAGAUGAUGUAUAAUAAGGAAUGGAGAGACAUUGAAUUCGUUACCGAGGGGAUUUGGGCGAUCAAUUUUUCGAUCCCAUCAGGAAUAAUGAUGAAGGUUGCAAUUGUAAAUUGUCCAACAAAUGUGAAGUGUGACUGAGAAUAGAAGCUGUGGUGAACAGAA